UAUGGAUAUAUAUCCUCGACUCAUUCAUCUUUAACCUAAAUCCCAAAUGCAACUCAUUUUCAUUCCAAACUAACACACAAUCAGAAACCAGAGUCAUUCCCAUUGAAGAAGAAGUAGUGGAAGAAGAGAUGAGCAGCAGAAACCCCACUUCACCAAACAGGAUGGCCGUUUUUUCAACGCCUUCUCUGAAGAUUAAGGAAAAUAUGCAUUUCCAAGCUACCGUCACAUGUUUGUCACAAAUGAAAACCAUCAAAGUUAUCAAGGAGAAAUUAAAUGCUAAGCAAAUGGAGAAGUUUAGAGACACAUGUUUCGGGCAUCUAAUGUGCAUGCCUAAACUCAAAUUCUGUGGAAAUGUUGUGCAUAGUCUGUUGCUAAGAGAGUUAGGAGGUCCUUGCCUCAACGACGAGGCCAUGCAGUUUUUGGUAGGAGGACAUGUGAUCCAAUUCUCCGCACAGGAUUUUUCACUAGUAACAGGUCUUUCUUUGAAAACAAGGCCAAACAUAGAGAAAGACCCACUUUUUUUGUCUCAUAGGCUUCGGCAUAAGUAUUUUUCCGGUUCUAAGUCUAUUAGCAUGUAUACGUUGGAAGAAACUUUUAUAAAUUGUGAACACGAAGAUGAUACCGUAAAAUUAGCAUUAGUUUACCUUUUAGAGUUUUUCUUGUUGGGUAAAGAUAAAAAAACUUACAUAGAUUUGAGGUUCCUCCAAAUAGUUGAUGACCUAGAUGAAUUCAACAUGUACCCUUGGGGUCUAGUUUCAUAUGAACGGACUUUUUCUUCCCUGGCUAUUGCAUUGAGGAGGCGAGCAGAGAAGUUCAAAGAAAAGCAACGAACAAAUCCUAAUCACUGGCAUGAGACUUACUCCUUGAGGGGAUUCCCCUUUGCUUUCCAGGUUUGGGCCUAUGAAAAUAUUCCCAAACUUGGGGAAGCAUUUGCCCAGAGGAUCGAUCCUGUGAACUGUUUUCCUCCUAUUCUGAGAUGGACGUGCGAGACUGCCCCAUCCUAUGUUGCCAUCCAAACCGAGGUCUUCAACUGCAGCAAUUUGGACGUUUUAUCACCUGUUCCCAUCUCUUACAAGAAACCACAACGUUAUUGCAAUGUCAAAUUGGAGAAGAGGGAUGAGGACGAUGAAUCUGAUCCGAUGGAAGAGUUGGAAGACAACUCUGACCACCAUGACACAUUUGCAGAGGAGGCUUACGAGGAGGAGUAUGAUCAGAAGCCAUCAAAGAGGUUGAAGGCUAAUAAGAACGCGUCCAGUGAGAUUAACGAGCUGCGCGAGGAGCUUAAAGAGGUGAGGCAGAUGCUAGGAAUGCGUGAAAUGGAGAUCAUAGAGUUGAAGGAGCUGGUCACUACUCAACAACAAACCUUGUACUCACACAUGUUGGAGUCCAGGACCGAGUUUCGGAAAUUGAGGGCGGGCAAAAGAGGUGGACGUGGACGAGGGUAAUCAGGAAAAGUUACACAACAGUCAACUUGAACAGCGAGGUAACCGGAAACAGAUUUCCAGGAUUUGUCAGAUGUCCCAAAGAGAUCCCAGGAAACGGAUUUUGUCUGUAAAAAUGAAUAUCUGGAGUAAAAAAUGUAAAUAUUGCCGUUAUGGUUGUCUCUUAUUCUGUGUGGUUUAAGUAACUAGUAUUUUUUUCGGCAACUUUCUUUUCAAUUUCCCUACACUAAGUUACUAUACAUUAAAACAAC